UUACACUUCCAGGCAAAGAAAAACGGCUAUGCAGCAGGCAAUCUCCAGAAUGGCGUCCAAUCGCACAAAAAAGAUUGGUGAAAACUCCUUAGAGAGGAUGCCACCAGAGAUAAUUUGCAAGAUUCUUUCAUAUCUGGAUGCUGGAUCACUCUUCUGUAUUGGUUUUGUCAACAAAAACUUCCAUGAACUUUCCAACAACAAUGCUACCUGGUACCAGUUCUACAUCCGUGAACUUACCAAGAAGAAAAAAGGCAGGCAAGAAGACUGGAUGAUACAUGGUCUUGGUGUGGUUGAUGUGCAUGAGAGGCCAAAGGGACACUGGAGAAACAUGUUCUUCAAAGAAAUUGCUGGCCUAAAUGCGAACAAGUGGAAAAAAAAGCUUCAACGCCAUGAUCCAUAUUCAGGGCUGCCAUGUCAUACACAGGAAGUCUUAAGGAGUCUGUGCAUUACAUGGGAGAUCACAGUGACUGAUGGGAGAGGACGGCAGAGCACCUUUGAGCAGUCUCGGGCCUCCUUCAGCAGUACGGCUGUUUUUAUGUUUUGGGGUACUGUCAGCUUGCCUCCAUUCAACCAGCUCACCUCACUUGAGCUUCACGGAGUGUUGCGGGUGCCCCUCAAUUGUCCGGCUCCUUACAGGCCUGUCUGGAAAUCCAUCAUGUCCAAAAUACACCUUAAAGGCAGAAACGGGGAGUUUUGUGGUUCAGACAAAAUUGUCAAGUUGCUAUACAUGGGACAGGGUGUAACUGUGGGAGUCUGGCAGGACCAUUGGGCAAUUGCUUUUAUCAUCGUGAAUUUGCACAAUGACAGACUUGUGGAAAGAAGUCUUCCUGCAUCAGUUUGUCCACAUACAGCUGCUGAAGUCAGUGCAUUAUUUGAUGAUGUGGACCCAGAGUAUGGUCUCCAUGGCUACACUGCUUACAUUGAACUGCACAAUACAGUGAGAGUCAUCAUGUCAGGGCGCUUUCCCCAGCUGUUCUGCAGGAGAGAUCAGAUUUCUGAUGGUUAUCUUCCACUGGAAGUGAUCAGUGAGGCUAACAGAUCCCUAAAUACUCAUUUGGUUGGAGAUAUAAGCUUGCCUUGGAGGACUGAAGCCCUACAUGGAUCUAUCAAGGAUUGCUGCAUGAUGAACCUCACUGUAUGGGAUGAAGCCAUGCAGCCUUUUUGGUGUGUCAGUGCUCCUGUUGUCAUGACAAAAGCAAAUCAAGAGGCGGUAUCUUAUGAUUUUGAUGGAGAGAGUUUCUCCAUCCUGUACCAAGACUCAGGGGGGAGGGGAGAGAUGAGGCUGAAAUGGGUGGAGGAUAAGGAACAGUAUUUUGUAGUUAAUCUAGUGCUUUACAUUUCUAUCUCCAAAGUAAAUAAGCACUUUGGGAGAAAUUAUUAAAGUUUUGAUGCACAACUUAUCAUAGACAUCUGCUCAUUGAAGCAUUUCCAUUUCAACUUAUUGGCCCUCAUUUGUUUGAAGCACAAACGGAACACAUUUCUGUCUAAUUAUUUUUGUGAAAGAAAAAAAACAUUGCUCAAAUUGUCACAUCAUAUUGUUUUUUUUUUGGUUCAUUUUUAGUGUUGUAUAGAAUGAUUUUGUCCUUGUAUAUCUGUAAGUUAAAACCAAUUGCAAAAAGGCUUAUGACAUUCAUUGCAUCCAUUUCAUUUGAUUUUUCUUUUAAUCUUCAUCAAGAAUGGCACAUUUUCACCCAUUGCAUUUAUAUCCAUUAAGUGAAAUUAUUUGCAUAAUUGCUGGUUAUGGUCAAUCCUACGUUACUCAAGCAGCAGAAUGUUUCUUAGCUCGAAACAUGACAGAAUUCUUGUAUGCCAGGCAAUUGCAUUUAUUAUAUUAUUCAUAGGCAAUAGACAUUUCUCUCCCCCAGAGGUAGAUCAUGUCCUUUUGUCAUAGCGUCAAGUUACAGUUUAAAUCUCCACUGAAUUCAUUUAUGAAAAUUUAAUAGGCCAUAAAAUUUCAGCUGAAGUGCUUUACUUGAAGAUGUAUCACAUCAUAAUGGCAAGGACAUUAAAGUGUGUAAUGGAAUUUCAAUGUGCGACUUUGUAAACAAUAUUUUGACAUAAUAAACCUAAACUCCUCGCAGUGACUCAUAUAGCUUAGCCAUGCUCGUACACAGUGCAAAGUUAUUACUGUGCAGCCUCAGCAUUCCUUACACUGGCACUAAGCAUAAGACAAUUGCAUUUGGGUGAGGUGUAUAAUUGUGUCAUAGCCCUUUGCAGCCAUUUUGACACAAUUCCAGAGUCUUAAAAACAUUUAGCUUAGCUCAGUAAUCAGAGGUGCUGAUGUUACAUACAGCUGGCAAGAAAGACUUACAUAAAACAAAAACUAGAUAGUGGCGUAAUAGGAUUGCCUAGAAGAUUCUCUCUAUUUCUCAGAGGCCAAUCUAACCUUGAAAAGUGCUUUUCUAACAAUGUCAUCACUCUGAUCCAUAUACAUUAUUUUUGUA